AUGACAGCUAUAGCUUCCUUCCUGAAGCAGAUGAGCACUCCGGUGACCCUCACCUCGGGCCAGUUCGAGUUCGAGAUCCUGUCCAUGCAAAAUGUCAACGGGGAGCUGCAGAACGGGCAUUGCUGCGACGGGACCCGCAACCCGGCCGACCGGAGAUGCACCCGAGACGAGUGUGACACUUAUUUCAAAGUUUGCCUGAAGGAGUAUCAGUCGCGGGUUUCCGCUGGGGGCCCCUGCAGCUUUGGCGCCGGAUCUACCCCGGUCGUCGGUGGGAAUACCUUCAACUUGAAAUACAGUCGGAAUAACGAAAGGAGCCGGAUCAUUCUGCCUUUCAGCUUCGCCUGGCCGAGAUCCUACACGUUGCUAGUGGAAGCCUGGGAUUACAGUAACGACAGUGUUCAUGGAGAUAACAUUAUCGAAAAAGCUUCUCACUCUGGCAUGAUCAACCCCAGCCGGCAGUGGCAGACCCUGAAGCAGAAUGCGGGCGUUGCUCACUUCGAGUACCAGAUUCGAGUCACGUGCGAUGAGCAUUAUUACGGUUUCGGCUGCAACAAGUUUUGCCGGCCACGGGACGACUUCUUCGGACACUACACCUGCGACCAGAACGGCAACAAAACUUGCCUGGAAGGCUGGAUGGGUCUCGAAUGCAACAAAGCCAUCUGUCGUCAGGGUUGUAGCCCCAAACAUGGGUCUUGCAAAGUUCCUGGAGAGUGCAGGUGUCAGUACGGAUGGCAAGGCCAGUACUGCGAUAAGUGCAUUCCUCACCCGGGCUGUGUCCAUGGCACUUGCAACGAACCGUGGCAGUGCCUCUGUGAGACCAACUGGGGUGGCCAGUUCUGCAAUAAAGAUCUGAACUAUUGUGGGACUCACCCACCGUGUUUGAACGGCGGCACCUGCAGCAACACCGGCCCUGACAAAUACCAGUGUUCCUGCCCAGAGGGCUACUCAGGACAGAACUGCGAAAUCGCGGAACAUGCCUGCCUCUCGGAUCCUUGCCACAAUGGAGGGAGCUGCUUUGAAACUUCUACGGGAUUUGAGUGUCUCUGUGCUCCAGGGUGGGCAGCACCAACAUGCACCCUUAAUAUUGAUGACUGUUCCCCUAACCCCUGUGGCCACGGAGGGACUUGCCAGGAUCUAGUCGAUGGCUUUAAGUGUAUAUGCCCACCUCAGUGGACUGGCAAAACGUGUCAGAUAGAUGCCAAUGAAUGUGAGGGGAAGCCGUGUCUCAAUGCCAACUCCUGCAGGAACUUGAUUGGCAGCUACUAUUGCGACUGCAUUGCUGGCUGGACUGGCCAGAACUGUGAGAUAAAUAUUGAUGACUGUCUUGGAAAAUGUCAGAAUGGAGGGACUUGUAGGGACUUGGUUAAUGGUUAUCGGUGUGUGUGCCCAGCUGGCUACGCAGGGGACAACUGUGAGAAGGACAUCGAUGAAUGUGCCAGUAACCCUUGUUUGAAUGGGGGUUACUGCCAAGACGAGAUCAAUGGAUUCCAAUGUCUCUGCCUUGCUGGAUUCUCAGGAAAUGUCUGUCAGCUGGACAUCGACUAUUGCGAACCCAAUCCGUGCCAGAAUGGGGCCCAGUGCUUCAACUACGAGAACGAUUACUUCUGCAGCAAUUGUCCUGAAGAUUACGAAGGGAAGAACUGUUCACACCUGAAGGAUCACUGCCGCUCUACUCCUUGUGAAGACAUCAAUGACUGCGAGAGCAACCCGUGUCGGAACGGCGGCACGUGUAUUGACGGCAUCAACUCCUACAAGUGCAUUUGUAGCGACGGCUGGGAAGGCACCUUCUGUGAAGCGAAUAUUAAUGACUGCAGUAAAAAUCCUUGCCACAAUGGAGGGACGUGUCAAGACUUGGUCAAUGACUUCUUCUGCGAAUGUAAAAACGGCUGGAAAGGGAAAACCUGCCAUUCGCGUGAUAGCCAGUGUGACGAAGCCACGUGCAACAACGGAGGGACCUGUUACGACGAAGGGGAUGCCUUCAAAUGCAUGUGUCCCGCCGGGUGGGAAGGAGCCACCUGCAACAUCGCGAGAAACAGCAGCUGCCUGCCAAGCCCCUGUCACAACGGUGGGACGUGUGUCGUCAGCGGAGAUUCCUUUACGUGCGUCUGCAAGGAGGGCUGGGAAGGGCCCACAUGCACUCAGAAUACCAACGACUGUAGCCCGCACCCUUGCUAUAAUAGUGGAACCUGUGUGGACGGUGACAAUUGGUACAGAUGUGAGUGCGCUCCAGGUUUUGCAGGCCCGGACUGCAGGAUAAAUAUUAAUGAGUGCCAGUCUUCACCCUGUGCUUUUGGAGCCACGUGUGUAGAUGAAAUCAAUGGAUACCGUUGUAUCUGUCCACCUGGCCGCAGCGGUCCAAGAUGCCAAGAAGUUUCAGGAAGGCCUUGCAUCGCUAAUGGCCGUACUGUUCCAGAUGGGUCUAAAUGGGAUGAUGAAUGCAAUAGCUGCCAGUGUUCAAAUGGAAAGGUCACCUGUUCUAAGGUCUGGUGUGGUCCGAAGCCUUGUCUGAUCAAUGCCAAAGGCCACAGUGAAUGUCCUGCAGGACACACCUGCGUCCCUAUUAAGGAAGACAACUGCUUUGUGCACCCUUGCCAUAAUGUGGGUGAAUGCUGGCUUUCCAGUCAACAGCCGGGAAAGAAGACGUGCAGUUCUGAUUCGUACUAUCAGGACAAUUGUGCUAACAUCACGUUCACCUUUAACAAAGAGAUGAUGACUCCGGGCCUUAGUACAGAGCACAUCUGUAGCGAGUUGAGGAAUCUGAGCAUCUUGAAGAAUGUCUCUGUUGAGUAUUCCAUCUACAUCACCUGUGAACCGUCCCACUUGGCAAACAAUGAAAUCCAUGUUGCAAUUUCUGCCGAAGAUAUCCAGGAGGAAGAGAACCCAAUAAAAGAAAUAACUGAUAAAAUUAUCGAUCUUGUUAGCAAGCGUGAUGGGAACAGCACACUUUUUGCAGCAGUUGCAGAGGUCCGGGUACAAAAGCGGCCAGUAAAAAGCAAAACAGAUUUCUUGGUGCCGUUGCUGAGCUCUGUGCUAACGGUGGCUUGGGUCUGCUGCCUGGUCACCGCCUUUUACUGGUGCCUCCGGAAGCGCCGGAAGCAGAGCGCCCACACCCACACGGCGUCAGACGACAACACCACCAACAACGUGAGGGAGCAGCUGAAUCAGAUCAAGAACCCCAUCGAGAAACACGGCGCUAACGCCGUCCCCAUCAAAGACUAUGAAAACAAGAACACAAAAAUUGCCAAAAUAAGGACACACAACUCUGAGGUGGAGGAAGACGACAUGGAUAAACACCAGCAGAAAACCCGCUUUGCGAAACAAGCAGCAUACACGCUGGUAGACAGAGACGAAAAGCCCCCCAACGGCACGCCCACAAAACACCCGAACUGGACAAACAAACAGGACAACCGGGACUUGGAAAGCGCACAAAGUUUAAACCGAAUGGAGUACAUUGUAUAGCAGACCGCAGGUGCUGCUGUGCAGGGCCUUUAACCGAUCAAUUCAAGGCAACUCGGAGCUUGUAGUUCUUAAAACGGUUGUGUAAUAUUUUCGAGUCUAAGGCUAUUAUUUGCUUAGAAUCCCUGUGUUAAUUUAAGUUUUGACAAGCUGGCUUACACUGGCAGUGAUAGUUGCUGUGGUUGGCUGGUUUACCAAGUGCUGCAUUUCACAUCUCUGCAGAACUAGUCAGAAAUGCCCCCCGGAAAGGUUCCGUAAGGUUAUCGUAUAGCUUUAUUUAGCUUUUUCCUGUAGCAAAAACACACGUUUUGUUUUCCUCCCCCCCCCCUUCCUUCCUUCUCUUGAGAUGUCAUGAUUUAUAUUACCGUCUUAGACGAAUACGUUUUAUUUAUUUAUUGAAUUAGAGUUCUUUUGUAUAUUGGUUUUAUGAUGACGUAUAACUAGUUCUGUAUUUGGAAGUGCCUUUGCAGCUCAGAACCACGGCAACUAUCAAAAAAAAGUUUAUUAUUUAUUUUUUUAUUGUAUUGUUUUUGUCGGGGGGGAGGGCAGAGGGAGGGGACUGUGGAGGACUUCUUGUCAGCAGUGGCUGGUAAAAAAAAAUGAAGAAUUGAGAGGAAAAUGUGUCAAAAGUAGAAGUUUGUAUAGUUAUGUAAAUAAUUCUUUUUUAUUAAUCACUGUGUAUAUUUGAUUUAUUAACUUAAUAAUCAAGAGCCUUAAAUAUCAUUCCUUUUUUUUUAAUUUAUACAUACGUGUUUAGAGUUGAAGGUUUUUCAUAGCGUUGUAAGCUGACGGCUUCUUCUUUUGACCUCUCCCCCACCUGGUUACUUGUUGCCUACAUGCCAAAAUUUAAGGUGUUCUGAAAAUCAAGUUUUUAUUUUAACAAAUAGGAUGGGCUUUCAUGCCUUGAUGCUGGCUUUUUUGUACAAUGUCCAAGUGUUUUUUGUUGUUGUUGUUGUUGUUUUUUUAAAGAGAAACCACCUUCCAUAAUAUCACUUUAAACUAUUUUGUAAGUACUGGUGGCUGAGGCAGUUUAGAACUUAGACUAGUUUUUGUUCUGUUUUUAUUUUUUAAAAAUUUUUCUGGCUGCUUUGGACAUGGGGUGGGGGAAAGGAAAGGAUUGACGGGCAGAAAAUCUGCUACGCAGCAGUUUAAGGGAACACAAAAGGAGCGAUAACCUUCUGUAGAUGAAACAUGAGAAAUGUGAGUGGAUGUAUGUAAUUAAAAAUAUCAAGUUAGUGUGUGAAGUUGGAAACACCGAAAUCUUAUUUUGUAAACUCUUUUGAUUUUUCCCGCCCACCAUGAAUAGGUAAUACUGAACCACUUGUAGGUUUGAUUUUUUUCUUUUGUAAUCUACUGUAUUUAGGAAGUAUUCUAAUAAGCUAGUUGCUGAAUACUUGAACAGUAGAAUAUUCAGUAAGACCACUGAGUAGGUUUGCCAGAGUCCACUGCCCGCCUUAAGAAAGAAAGAAAAAAAUAAGAGCAAAUCAAAGUGCUAUUAAUGAAGUUGGAAGAUCAAAAAUGAUUUUUUUAAAAAAAAAGGCUUAAGACUUAAUUAUCUCAAUGGGCCAUCCACUGAGAUCAUAAAAGAUUAUCUUGUAUGGUAAUAUUAGUGUUACACAUGAACAUGAAAAUACAUCUCUGAUGUGUUAUU